CCUGCAGCGCGCAUACACGUACCUCUCUCCUCGUUCGCCGGCUCGCCGCUCACCAGUCAAGAGCCGCCGUGGCAACAUGGACACGGCCGCGCGGCGCCGCGGCGUCCUCCCACUCCUCGUCACGGGCCUUCUGCUCGCCCUCGCGCCGCUGGCCGCCGCGCAGCCGUGGCCCCAUUGCGGGAGCACCGGCGGCAACUACACGGCCAACAGCACCUACCAGUCCAACCUCGCACAGCUCGCCGCGGCGAUCCGCGCGAACGCGUCCCGGUCGGGGAACCUCUUCGCCACGGGCAGCGUCGGCGCCGUCCCGGACAUCGUCUACGCUCUGGCCCUCUGCCGCGGCGACACCAACGCUUCCUCCUGCGGGGACUGCGUGACCACGGCGUUCCAGGACGCGCAGCAGCUGUGCCCCUACAACAAGGACGCGACGGUGCUGUACGACCUCUGCUACCUGCGCUUCUCCAACCAGAACUUCCUCGCCUCCACCAGCAACAGCAACCCCGUCAUGCUCAGGAACACCCAGAACGUGAACUCGCCGGUGCGGGCUUUCGAGGCCGCAGUCGGCGUGCUUCUCAACGCCACCGGCGACUACGCGGCGGCGAAUUCGUCCAGGAGGUUCGCUACGGGGGAGGAGGGCUUCGACACCAGCAACCCCACCAUCUACGGGCUCACGCAGUGCACGCCGGACAUGUCGCCCCCCGACUGCCGGAGCUGCCUUGGGAGCAUAAUCGCGAUGGUGCCGCAGUUCAGAGGGAGCCAGGGCGGGAGGGUCAUCGGAUUGCGGUGCAAUUUCAGGUACGAGGUGUAUUCUUUCUUCUCCGGGGGACCGUCGCUGCGGCUGCCCGCGCCGUCCACGCCGGCGCCGGCGCCAUCUCCUACGCCAGUUAACGUGACGCCGACGGCAACCCCGCCAGGGAGACGCAGAAACAAAGCAGGAAUUGUUGCAGCAAUUGCAAUGCCUAUAGUUGCUGCGGUGCUAGCUAUCAGUACGGUUUGUCUCUGUUUCCUGUGGAGGAGGAGAAGACCAGCAAGAGAACAGACACCAUCUUACUCAACUAAUGAUGCGGACAUCGAAAGCAUCGAUUCACUUCUUCUUGACAUAUCAACUUUACGUGCUGCGACCGAUCACUUUGCUGAGAGCAAUAGGCUUGGUGAAGGAGGUUUUGGUGCGGUCUAUAAGGGUGUCCUUCCUGAUGGCCAAGAAAUUGCAGUGAAGAGGCUCUCACAGAGUUCAGGCCAAGGAAUACAAGAGCUGAAAAAUGAGCUUGUUCUGGUUGCCAAACUGCAACAAAAGAAUCUUGUUAGGCUUCUCGGUGUUUGCUUGCAAGAACAUGAGAAACUGCUUGUGUAUGAAUACAUGCCCAAUAGAAGCAUUGACACUAUUCUUUUCGAUCCUGAGAAAAGCAAGGAGCUUGAUUGGGAAAAGAGAGUCAAGAUAAUAAAUGGAAUUGCUCGAGGAUUACAGUAUCUCCAUGAAGAUUCUCAGUUGAAGAUUAUUCACCGGGAUCUUAAAGCGAGCAAUGUCCUUUUGGACUCUGAUUAUACUCCUAAGAUUUCAGAUUUUGGCUUGGCUAGAUUAUUUGGAGGGGAUCAAUCACGGGAGAUCACUAGUCGAGUUGUUGGAACAUAUGGAUAUAUGUCACCCGAGUAUGCCAUGCGUGGCCACUACUCUAUAAAGUCUGAUGUAUUCAGCUUUGGGGUCCUGAUUCUAGAAAUCUUAACCGGAAGAAGAAGCAGCGGCUCAUUUAAUUUCGAGCAAUCUGUUGAUCUCUUAAGUCUUGUUUGGGAGCACUGGACCACGGGGACAAUUGUGGAGAUUAUGGAUCCAUCUCUGAGAGGCAAAGCUCCUGCAGAACAGAUGCUGAAGUGUGUCCACAUAGGGUUACUAUGUGUUCAGGAUAACCCGGUUGACAGACCGAUGAUGUCAACAGUAAAUGUCAUGCUCAGCAGCGGCACUGUCUCUCUUCAGGCUCCAUUGAAGCCAGUAUUUUUCAUUCCCAAGAGCGGCUACUCAACUGUUUAUUCAGAAUCAUAUCCUACAGCUUCCCAGUCCACCGGCAACGGUAAAACAGGGGUGAUGUCACCGAAUGAAGUGUCGAUCACAGAACUGGAACCAAGAUGAACCCUGAAGCAACAUGUUGCCAGAGCGAUUGGAUUAUUGUUGUAUGAAUAAUCUUAACCUAGGGGCAAUCUUCUAGUUCCACAGUCUGUGUUACUAAGUUUUCACCUAUAUGUCUCCACUUGCCCCUAGCAUUACAAAUCUAUCUUUCAAUAACCAAUUGGCAAAUCUAGGUCACUUGCGUGUA